AUGUCUUCCCAUGGCGCCCGCAAUGGCUUCCUCCGUUCCCCCUGUCGCCUGCGGUCCUUGCCACCAUUUCCACCAUUGCCACCAUCGAGCUCGUCGCCAUCGUCCCCCCAGCGGCUUGCCGUUGCAGCGAUCAAACCUACGUCGCCUCCGCAGGCUCUGCUGCCGCCAUCACUUCCUACUACCAGAGAACAUGGAGAAGAAGAAGCAGCCGACGAGAACAUCAUCAGCGAGUGCCCGCGCGAUGCUGGGGCUUGCCCCGUCUCCUGA